CGGGCAGUGCCGGGGAGGGACACUUCACAACACCGAUUCUAUUCAUACAUAGGAAAUAUUUAUAUAUUUCUAUCUCGUUUACUCGUAUUGAGAAAUAAUCAACUGAAUGGUGAACAAGCGAAAUGGGAAUACGUUCGAGUGGAAAUUAUUAUGAGCCAGGCCAGGCCAGUCGCCAUGUAGAUUUUUUGAUGUGGGUGUUGUGUCUCGGGAUGUCAAACGCAUUAGCGAUUAUUAUUUUCAAGUGAAUGUUAAAUUUGAUGCAACUUAUCUUCGGAAUAAUCUAGUUGUGAUAAAUAUCGAUGUUAAGUGGACACAUUGCUUUGUGAUCGUGAACAAUUUGAGUGUGGUCAAGGCAGAUAAUGGACUGGUGGGGGGCUGCUAAAAUACUACGCUAGGAUAGUAACAACGUUUUACUACUCGAGAGGUGUUCGUGGUGCUAAUAAAAUUUCUCAUCUCGCCGCGAGCGAGUCGGACUUCCAUUUUGUUUUAUUAUGUGGUUUGUUCGUUGUUUAUACUGUGCAUCUUGCCUGCGACAAUGGAAAGUGACGGUGAUGGACAAUGAGUGAGGCGCGGUAGCGGCCGGCGGUGAUGCAGCGCACGCACGCGGGCGGCGCCCCCCCGCCGCACUCACACGCCCCGCCCCACACCCACGCACACCCGCACUACCGUGCGCAUGCGCACGCUCUCUAUGCGGACAUCGAUGAUCAGAUUCCCGCUUCGGUGAUCAGUAGCGUGGGAACGGUCAGCUUAUCUCAAUCCACAACAAACCCAACCCCAAACAUCACAAUGGCUAAUCCGACUAAUCCUGGCACUGCCAGUAGCACUAGUAACGGCCAAGCUUCGGCACAACAAACUACAACAGCGCCAGUGCCGAGAAACCUGCCUAAAAAACGCAAAUUCGAUCCAUCGGAGUUCGAAGAGAUCGAUCGGAGUUGCGUUUCAAAUAUUGCCGUAUCUGCUCCCAGUUACACCACACCUGUUAUGCCCUCUCCUAUCGUGCAACGGUCGCCACCGCCGUCCGAAAUAAAGUACACAAUGUACCCAAAUAUAGAUUUAUCAGAGUGGCGCGAUCACAGGGUGUUAGCGAAGCAACGAGGUUUAUACGUCCCUGGGGUUAUCCGGCAGGCGGAAGGUUGUAAAGUGUUAGUGGAACUGGACGGCCAAGAGAACGAGCCAGUCGAGUAUAGUGACGUAUUCGGUGUGAACAAGUACGACGUGAUCAGUGACGCCAGUCCGCAGCUCAGCCAUCUUCAGAUAGGCUCUGCGUGUGUGGUCCGGACUGUUGACCACAGUAGGGAGAGUGUUCAGAGUGUAUUUAUAGAAGGUCUCGUGUUUGAAGUGCACAAUUCGCCUAUUAGAAUUCGUGUUAGGGUGUUUGAGGGCGAGGUGUGCAAGGACACGGUGGAGGUGAAGCGCGCGGAUAUUCGGCUUCUGCAGCCGCCAUGGGCUGACGAGUUGGAAGACGCCGAUUGCAACGCUACUGCCAUAUACCCGCAGAUGUUGCGUGCGCACCAUCCACCUUCACAGAUCUGUGGCAGCCAUUUCUACACAUCAUCUCCGAUGGCUGGUGCGGUGGCAGGCGGAGGGUUAGCAAACGGCACUAUGGACGAGCUGCGCAAGCGCGCCUUCGACGACUACGGCGAGAGCGAUGAUGAUCUCAGGAAAGAAGACAUUAUGUUCCCCACUGACGCUUCACAUAUGGAGUGUAACAACAGCAAGCGCAGCAGUCUUCAGAGCCGAGGCAGCACAUCCAGUCUACUUGAACGCAGUCUCACGCCACGAUCUCAGCCACCCACUCCCAGAUCUCAAGCGGCGACCCCGCACAAGUACAAGAAGGGCGACGUGGUGUCGACUCCGACGGGCAUUCGCAAGAAGUUCAACGGCAAGCAGUGGCGGCGGCUCUGCUCCAAGGACGGCUGCACCAAGGAGAGCCAGCGCCGCGGCUUCUGCUCCCGCCACCUCUCGCUGCGCGGCGUCGCGCGCUCCUCCAACACGCCGCUGGCGCACUCCUCGCACACGCCGCAUCAGAGGAGCAGCAGCAAGUCGCUGUCGUCGAGCGGCACGUGCGUGGAAGGGGACGAGACGUCGCGCGAGUCCGACACCACGCCGCCGCACUACCGCGUCGCCGGACGCUUCGACCCCGACGAGACGGAGGCCGCCAACAUGCUCGUGUCGCUGGGCAGCUCGCGGUCGGGCAGCCCGGGCGCGUCGCCGGUGGGCGCGUGCGGCGGCGCCUCGCCCGCGCUGCGCAGCAACGUGUUCGUGCCCAUCUCCUCGCCGCAGCCGCACGCGCCCGCGCCCGCGCCGCUCGCCCCCUCCGCCCCCUACCACAGCCUCAUCAGGCCAGAGCUGGUCCGGCCGGGCAGGGUGAGUUCUCCUGUGAGCAGCGUGGCCACCAGUGUGAUCAGGGUGUCCCCCGCACCCACCUACCAUUAUCAGGUCGAAAAUCGAAACGGACCAUCGACCCUUCAGUCGAACAACCUCGUCCAGUCCAGUGUUAUCGGAAUCCAACAAGGACUCAACAUUCAAAGUGUACAAUCAAAUCUAAACGCUCCCACAACACUACAGUCCAGUUUAAAUCUACAACCGAAUAUAUCUCUCAAUUUAAACAGUUUGAAUUCACAAACACUUCAAACGAGCAUCGCAAAUUCUAUAAGAAACGCGAAAAUGGACGACGUACCGCAUAAUUUAGUGCUGCACAGAAAUAUGACAUCUAAUAACAUCGACUUAGAGCACAAUUUGUAUCGAGCACAGCCAUUGCACAUACGAAAUGGAUUAUACGAGGCGUACAGAAGAGACGAUAACCCAUCUCCAUUGAAUCAGGAGAAUUUUCUGAAUAAACGAGUCUCGGAAUACGAGGAGGAGGAUCAUUCCGUCCCUCAGAGUGAGUGUGGCCGAGGUGUCUGUGAGGGCCGGCCUCUAGAACUUUCCGAGGCUCGAGUGUUUGAAGACAAGCGUAUAGUGAAGCCCGCGCCGCUGCAGCCGCGACCGCAACAAUUUGACGACUCUAAAGACGCCAUUAAACGACUCUACGUCAUUCCGCCAAAUUCACUUGAAAAGAAACUCGUUUUGAUCAAAAAAGAACCAAGUGAUAUUAAAUUGUUGCAGAUGAGCAACAGUGAGCCGGAGCCCGAGGCAAGAGGACUUGACAACGGAGAUCAUAUGAACAACGUGGGUAACAGCGCGGUGAUAGUACAUCCCAGUCAGCUGCUGCCAGUGCUGCCGCCGCCCACCUCGCACACCGCCAUCAUUGUGUCGACUAGUGGCGUGUCUGGCGGCGUGUUCCCCUGGCAGUCGCUGGUGCCGCUGCUGAAGGCGGCCUCGCCCCCGCCCGCGCCCGCCUCGCCGCGCACGCCCCGCACGCCACACACCCCGCACACGCCCCACACCCCGCGCACGCCACACACGCCCCACACGCCGCACACCCCGCACCUCAAGUCCGAGGAGCAGAUCAAGUCGGAGGGUAAUGAAACGGUGACUUCGAUGUGCGCUGAUGAAGAUGAUGAGGUGUUCGAAUGUGAGGACACCGGUUCCGGCGGCGGAGAGGAUGCUUCCAAACGACGCACUCAGAGUCUCUCCUCACUUAACCAGAACUCAUCGGGCCCUGAAAAGAAGGAGCGUCGUAUCCGUCGUCCAAUGAACGCUUUCAUGAUCUUCUCAAAGCGGCACAGGCAGAUGGUGCACCAGCGACACCCCAACCAGGACAACCGCACCGUCAGCAAGAUCCUCGGCGAGUGGUGGUACUCCCUCAAGCCGGAGGAGAAACAGAAAUACAACGAACUUGCUAGUGAGGUGAAAGAGGCACAUUUCAAAGCACACCCGGAGUGGAAAUGGUGUAACAAGGAUAGACGAAAGUCGUCCAGUAGUAGAGAUCCUACGGGAUCUAUGCCUCAGAGUCCACGAACGCCAUCGGAUGCAGCGCACAGCGGGGCGGCGAGCGGCGCGGCGGAGGUGGGGCACAACGUGUCCGUGUACAGCCACGCCGGCUCGCCGCAGCUCAGCGACGACGAUCAGAUGAUGGGUCAGACAUUAGCAGAGGAGGUGCCAGCUCAGCACGAGAUCGAGCUGAAGUGUGUAGAGAAGGUGACGGACUCCGACUCCGAGGGUGUGGAGACGCGGGAGUAUGUGCCGCAAAUGGACCACACACGACGACCUAAGCCUAUCAAAGCCAGUAUCCUCAGGGCGGGAUCUUCUGACAACCUGCUGGGCGGGAUUACUGCCUCAAGUCCGGGAGGCUCCAAGGUCUUUCAGCCCACUGGUGGGGCUUUCAAGUCCACGCAUGUUGAUACAGGCGAUAAUCAUCGACAAUGGACGGCGUUCACAACAAUCAACAAGAGUUUAAGUAACCAAGUGCCAAGUUCCCCGCAAGUGCAAACUUGCACACAGAACUUGACCAAUAGCGUGCAAGGAAUCUCCCUCAAUACGCCGAAUAUGUCGACACAAGUGGCAUUGGAUAAUGCUAUAGCAUCGAUAAUGAACUCGCCCACUUCGACUAGUGGUGUGCAAGUGAUUUCCAGCGGGAUAUCGAUACCGAGCCAAUCGAUAAGUCAAACUCCAACAUCGACAGCACUAAAUAAUGCAUUACUAAAAAGUGUCACAUUAGUGAAAAGGAAUUUAGGAGAUACAGCUACUGCUGGACCUAUAACACUGUCGGUGGACGCAUCCGGCAACCUCUUCACAUACGUGCAGUUGCAGAGGUUGUACGUGCCGUCAUUCGAGGCCGAAGUGGACAAGAGUCAACAGCAGAAUGUGCAGAGCGGGCAGUCUGUUAUUGUGUCACAAAGUAGUCAUACGGCGCCCAAAACUACGUCUAAUUGGGAGAUCCCCGCGGAAGAGGCGCGUCCCUUCCCCCUGGCGCCGACGCCCGCGCAGCUCGGCAGAGCGCCGCUACAGAAAAGACUUAGUCGGGGUACAUCGACGGGUUCCACAGGAGCGGAGGCGCCGUGCCGCGGGGAGGCGCCGGCGCACGCGCAGGAGGGCGCGGAGGGCGAGGCGCUGCCCUCCCCCAAGCUGGCGGACAACCUGCCCAGCCCCUCCCUUAAAAAGAGCCUUUUUAAGAAGGGCAAUGAAGAUGGAAGGGAUAAGGUGCUGGAGACUGUGAACUUCGAGCAGAAGUUCAGCACGCUGCCGCAGUUCAAGCCGGAGGCGUGCAGCCCGGGCGCCAUGGUGGUGCCGCGCAGCCCGCACUUCCUACGCAAGAAACAUAACAAACUAGUUGCAGAGGAGGAGGGCGGCGGCGCGACGCCGGCGCUCCUGGAGGCGGAGGUGGUGGGCGGCGGCAUGCCCACGCCGCACUCCUUCGGCACGCCGCACACCACCACCAAGCUCGUCGGCAACACAUUCUUCGGACCUGACUUCAAUCUUGACAACUUCAGAGUGACAACGGAGCACGGCGGCGAGGAGAUGUCGCCGCAGACGCCGUGCAGCGCGAGCGGCGGCGGGGGCGUGUCCGGGGGCGGGGCGGGCGCGCGCGCGGAGGCGGGCCAUCGCCGCGUGCUGGAGCAGCGCCGCCAUCUGGUGCUCAAGCUGUUCCAGGAGCACGGCAUGUUCCCCACCACGCAGGCCACCUCCAACUUCCAGACGACGCACAUGGACAUAUUCCCCACGAAGAUGUCCCUGCAGCUGAAGAUCCGCGAGGUGCGGCAGAAGCUGAUGGCGCAGUCCAACCUCACGCCGCACUCCGAUCUCAACACACCAACUAAUGUGAAUUCUCCGAUAGUAUCGGCCGCGCUGUUGCCUACGUCCACCGCCAGUUAGCGAUGCGGUCACCCAUCCGAUGUUCUACAAUUGAAUUCUCACUAAAAUAAUCAGGUUUUAACAAACAUUUCUAAUUUAAAAACCUUCCGUUAUAAGCAGUUAUUACUAUACUUGAAAUUUAGUCUUGUUCGGUCCUAAUUGAAAAUAUAUUGAAUUAUAUGGAGAAUGGAAAUUACUUGGCGUUUGAUUUGGCACGUCAGAAUCAAGAGUCUUUUUCGCGACGUGCCAAAAGAUAUUCGGUGGAUAAUUCUCUAAUUUCGUUUUCUCUCGUCGUGAAGGAUUUUUUUUUUCAGAUUAAUUAUGGUAGUGUUUGUUAAAACAUUGAAAAUCGGUUAUUUCUGCCUUAUUUAAGUUCUCGAUGUUUCCAAGGCAUUUGUAUAUUUAUGAGCUUAAUCAUUAUAAUAUCAAAUUUAUUUGUUUUUUUGCAAACAUAUUCGAAAAUGUUUGUAGUAUUUGUUAAACAGCAAUAUUUGUAAUAAAACACUAAUUUCUUAUCUCGUAUUUUGCACAGAAUUUACUUACAUUUUAAUAGAUAAUAAAAUUGUGAACUUUAUUAUGGUUAUAAAAUAAAUUACGUAUGUUUGUGGUUGAUCUACAGAUUUGUAUAUGAUGAUUUUUGACAGUAAAUAAAUAAACUGGUAAAUAAUUUGUACUAUAAAAUCUGUUACACUAAAAAUACUAACAUGAAAAUUAAUUGGCUCAUUAGAAUGAAGAAUUAUUAAAAUUUCCAACAAUGAAAUUUAAAUAUAGGUUAAAUGCAAUUUUUUGGAUAUUAUGAAACUGUCAAAUAUUAUUAUAAAAAUGCAAAAAUGUUGAACGAUGCGUGAAAUGCAUUUAAAUGAAUCCGGUUACGUCUUUAACCAUUAUUAUAAGAUAAAAAAAAACGAGAAAAACAAAAUAAAAAAUUGUACAGUAAGUGGAAUGAACGAUUUGCAGUCUAUAACAUUGUUUAGAAUAGACAACGUUAAUAAUAUAAGGGCAAUUAUUUUUUAUUUCUAUAGAUUAGUUGAAUUUAAUUAGAUACAGUCCCAUGAACACUUUUUCCAAUUUUCCAGAAUGUUCCAUGUGUUUAAAUAUUUUAAACACAGUUAAAAAAAUUGGACUCUCAUAAGUUUUGACAUAUUGCGUUUUCUAUUUGUAUGGAUUUAAACCUUGUAAUAACAAAAACUGUUACGUCUCUACAAAGUUAUACCUUUUAAAUUAUGCAUAGUUUCAACAUUAGAAAUAAUUUUUUUAGCGUUUCGAAUAAAAAUGUGUGCUUUUGAUGACAAAGAUCUGUCUAAAAGCGCUAAGCAAACUGUGUUUAACAGAAAAAAUACUGAUUUGCAAUUAUGUUUUCAAUAUAAUUAAAAAUGACUUUAAAUGUCGUGUUCAGUUAUUCUUAUUUGAAACGCUAUUAUGUUGGCAUAUAAACGAUGACUCAUAAGUUAAAAAAAACUGAUUAUGGGCACGAUCUCAUUAUGUUUAUUUGUAAGUGUAAUUGUUGGAUUUAUAAGCUUGUAUAAAACGCGAUUUCAUCGUAUAGUAAAUAUUAGACCUGUGUAGUGAAAAGAGUUACAUGAAAAUAUGUAACUUUUUUUAUUAGAUAUGUCGAUGUGUAAUCGAGUGGCAAAGCUCAAGUGUAGUUAGUUAAUGACAGUUUUGAUUUCAACAUUGUCGAUGUUUUGCAAUGAAAUGGGUAAUUGUGCAUUUACUAUCGGUUCUCGAUAUAUCGCUCGUUCGUGCAAUAUGAUUUUAACGAGUGAGUUUAAAGUAGGGGAUAAACGACGUCCAUUUGUCAACUGAUGUAUUUGUACUGCGCAAGCGCAUAUAAUGGAUAACGGGCUUAGUACGCGGUUGGUUAGUUGUCUACUUCUUGAUAUAAUAUUUAGAAAUUCUCUUGCUUAUUACUUCUAGAAAGUACAGAAGUACAAAAUGUGGUAUUUUCAUUGUAUAGAUGGCGUUAGUGAGCAUUAUUAGUUGCAUUUGGACGAUUUCGAAUUAGUGAAAAAUUUGGUGCGAAUUUCAAAAUUAAACGAAAUCGAAAAAAUAUUGUAUCGUUUUAUGAUUUGUUGUGAUGUCGGUCUUCCACGCGUUUUAUUAUUUUUCUUUUUUAUACUUUAGAUGGAUAUCUACUUAUUUAAAAUAUUAUAUAGUAAUUGUGUACAGUGAUUUAAGUGAUACUGUGUGAUUUUGAAUCUGUUUUUUUUUGCCAUUUUUUUUUGUGAGACUCGAUUUUAAAGCCGCUUUUAAUAUUGAUUUUUCUAUUGAGCAAAUUAGGAACAUUUCGACUCGUACCAAUAAAUUUCGUAGAAAGUUUUUAAAAUACAGAAAUGACGAGGUUUUACAGUAUAUCAGCUCAAAUCAUUAUCGACACUAGAUAAAUCAACGUAUAUAACAAUCUCAUUGUAAAUAUAGUUUUUAUUAUAACAAUUUAGCAAUAAGCGUUCCCGGCUCUCAAAGCGAUUAUGUUCUUUUAGAAAUCGCUAAUUGUUAAAAAGAAAAAAAAAACGUUUACUAUGUGAUUAUACUCUGGUACUUUUGGCCAAUAAAUAUUUAUAUAUGUAUAUCAAAAUUGAUAUUUUUUCAAAAUGAUCUCUUUGGCGUUUAGAUAAAUUGCUUUAGGAGUCUGGAAUUAAAAAUGAAUUUAUUAAUAAAAUAAUAUGUAUAAGAAGAUAUUUUCGCACUGUUACAAUCUUUGAUAGUUGUGUAGAUGGUCUAAUACCAAAUAAAGAGAGGUCUCUCGAAAAUUCUUUAACCUUUUUAUUAAUUAUGAAAAUAAUUUAUAACCAAAAAAUGUCCGUCUCGUGUCAUUUCCAUAUUUGUGAAAUAUUUUCCAAGAAAGUAAGCGCAACGUUAUAAAAGAAUUCCUUUAAGUUUUCCCGCCAAAAGAACAAUCGUUCAAAUACAAGUACCUGUAAAUUAGAAAAAUGUUUAUGGUUCAUAUUCAUCAUUUUCUAUGGUUAUAAAAUUCUCGAGAGUCUCCCUCUAACUUUGUAGUCAAUUGGUCAAUAAUUGUUGUGGUACCCUAGAUAGCAAGAACAUAACUGUUGUUACCAAUUAGUAAUAAUCCUUUCACGUUUAUACAUUUUUAAAUCGAAUAAAACACUUAACUCGGCUACAGAACUGACAACUUAAAAGUGAUGUUUGCAGGCAUAACUGUCAAACUUGUCAGUUCGGUUUUGCUUAUAUUUUUCUGUUUUUCGGCACAAUUCAACUGUUUCAUGACAUUGAAGGUUAUAUUUCAUUACGUAGUAUGCUAUAGGCAUUGCUUUCUCUUUGUCUAUGAUUUGUGUUAAAAAAUUAUAGACUUAUUAUGGACGUGUUAUCAUGGAGUUUUCACAGUGAAUUUUAAUGUAAAAUAAAUAUUUUUCGAUUGAAUAGUUGCAAUCCCACAAAUUGUGUAACAGGAGUUAGAUAAAUGCAAUUUAACAUGAACUUUGAAAUAAGACAGUUUAACAAACAGCAAAUCCGCUCUAUUUAAGUUCGAAAUAUCUUUUUAUUUGCAUAAAAAUAACACUUAUUGGAUAAAGGUGCUUUAUAACACUUUGUAAAAUAAUAAUUUCUCUUGUCAAUGGAUUAUUUCGUCUUGCUUUGAUAGCGUCCAUUUGUUUUAAGUUUUGUUGUACGAUUGAAUCUUUUGAGUGCUAGUAAUAAUAACAAAUAUGAAAAUUCUAUUACUGCGUAUUACUUGUGCCUUAUUGACUCUCACAUCUUAAUGUAUGUUUUACUCGCGAUUUCUGCAUCAGUGGUAACCCACGGUUAUUUUAAGUUAUAGUUAAGUUUGAAAGUCAAUGAACAAUCAGUAAUAAGCAGUACUCUUUAGACUGAAAUAACAUUUGUUUCACUUAAGUUACAAUGUUAUAUUUUAAGAAAUAUUAGCAAUUAGUUCGAAAAGGACAUUUUAAAUGAAGCAUUUCAUAUUCGUUAUUUAUUUCCUUCUAAAUAAGGCAUUAGUCUAAUUUAGUGAAAGUGCCGUAAAUGUAAAUAUCAAAUUUAGAUGGUUUAUUUAGUGUUAAGUGUUCAAUUUUUGAUGUAAAAUUAAUGCGACAAUGGUAACAGAAUAAUUGAUGGUGUAUCAAUUUCAACUUUCCGAUUUAAAUGUGAAUCCAACUAAUGGACCAAUAAGUAGCACUCUAACUUGAACUAAGACAUUGUAAUGGAAUGUACCGCGCUGCCGACCCCUCACUCCGAACAUUGUUCAAACAUAUUGGAACAUUGUACCAACUUAUGUUAAACAUAAAAAAUCAUCGAAAAAUA